CGGAGUGCACUGCUGGGGCUCAGCUGCAUUGCAGCUCUUAAAUUACUUGCACUUAGCCGCCUUACUGCAGUGUGGAAAUGUCUGGCUGGCAAUCAGCAGACCCGUUUCAGGCAGCACUCUAAGGGCAAAGAAGAAAUAUAAAGGAAACAGCACUCUAAAGAAAAGUCAACAGCUCAGAACUCGGCAGUGUCAAUACUUACUGUCACCUUUUUUGGAGAGUGAUGGUUCAUGGCACGAAAGGAAGGGAUUUACUCUAAGUGGAAGGCUGCAGAUGAUGUCCCGAAGCUGAGCCCUGUACCAUUGUUCUCUGGAACACAACCUGUCUCCUCUGCUGGCAACAUGGAUUCACACAGUGGGCCGUACCUAAAUGUGAAUGCUAUAGCGUCCCCAGUUGGUGUGGCUCGUUUGUGGCAAAUCAUUUUUGGCUGUGUCACAGUAAGCUUGGUGGCCCAUCAAGCAGGCUUCAGUGCAGCAUAUGGGACAUUCUGCAUGUUUGUGUGGUGCUUUUGUUUUGCUAUGACAAUUUGUAUAUUCACCCUGGAGUUCACUCGGCUACACACCUAUCUCAGAAUCUCCUGGGACAAUUUCACCAUCUCUUUCGCAAUGUUGGCAACGCUAAUGUAUGUGACGGCCUCAGUGGUUUACCCAGUUUAUUUGCUGCAGAAUGAAUGUCCAUAUAAUAACUGUGAGGUACGAAAUUAUCGCAUAGCAGUGACCAUUUUCUCUUGUUUGGCCUUCUUUGCAUAUGCAGCUGAAGUUUUCCUCACCAGAGCAAAGCCUGGCCAAAUUGUGGGCUACAUGGCCACAGUGUCGGGUCUUCUGAAGAUUGUUGAGGCCUUUGUGGCUUGCAUCAUCUUUGGAGCACUUGUCAAUGGAAGCCAGUACAACCGCCAUAUAGCCACCCAGUACUGUGUAGUGGUAUACAGUCUUUGCUUUGCUCUCACGGUUAUUGUGGUCUGCAUGACUGUCUCUGGUAAAACUGCCUCACUAAAGUGCCCCUUCGACCGACUUGUGGUGAUCUAUACCUUCUUAGCUGUCUUGUUGUACACAAGCACAGCAGUCAUCUGGCCAGUGUUUUGCUUUGAUAAGAAAUAUGGCAGUCCAAGUCGGCCCUAUGGCUGCCAAAGAGGAAAAUGUCCAUGGGAUAGCCAACUGGUGGUGGCCAUCUUUACCUACAUCAACCUUCUCCUCUAUAUAGCUGAUCUGGUUUACUCUCAGAGGAUUCGAUUUAUUAGCCAACCCUAAAUAAAGGGGAAGUGCAUAUUCAUAGUGGACCAUGUUUGCCUCAGAAUGGUGUCUUUGGAUUGAAGAAAAGGAAUUUUUGGUAUUGAUGGAGCAAAGGUAACAUCGGUAGUUGGCCAUGGAUUUGACAGCAGACUAAUGGAAUGUGCAAAACCUACAAAAUUAUAACCCUCUACAUAUCUGAAGAGCUGCGGGUUCGAUAACAUUGUGCCAUCUUGUAAAAACCCUGAUUCUGCUCACUGUAGAAAAAGAACUUACUUUUGAUUUACCAAAGAGCUGAGAGGUAUGACAGCACUUGUACAAGAAAGGUGUUACCCACUCACAAAGACAUUUCAAAUGGAUUCAAGGGUUUUAUAAAAGGGCAUAAAUAAAAUGAUUAUGCUGGAUGGACAUCACUGUAGAGACAUGGUAGUAAGGGUACUAGAAUCUGCUGGAGCCCAUACUUGCUGGUUCCUGGUCAUUCAUUUUACAGCAAACCAAAAAGCAGCCCCAAAGUAACGGGCACCUAUUAUGGCCAAAAUACCAAGCAAUGAGUGAAGAGUGGCUUUUUACUCUGAAUUGAUAGGGUGAAUGAAAGGUUUGUCAGAGAAAAGGUCUCAGCUGCAAAAACAAAAUCCUUUGACGUUGUUAAUAUACUAUAUGUGCCUCUCAGAAGUGGUGAGUCCUUGCUGGACUCAUUAUCUGCCUUCCAUAUUUGAGAUUUGUACACAUUUUCUCACUUCGUUACAUUAAUAAAUACGUUUUAAAUAUCAA